UGUAAAGAUAGAAUAAUGAGUGUAGGCCUACACUCGUGAAGUUUAAAAACAUUCACAAAUCAGUGAAAAUGGCGACUACAGGGAUAGAGCGCGAAGUUGAACAAUUUAUUUUGCCUGUGAAAGAGAUGAAAGAUUCAAUGCUAAGCUGUGAAUGGGGUAUGGGAAAGCAACUUCAUGUGUUCCAGACUCAAUUGCCAUCCAAAAAGAAAUCAAGCAAAACAGGCGAUGGUGAGCAACAUAUAUUUGAUCUACAAUGGAAUGCUGAAAUGCAUGAUGUAGCUAGAAAGCUGGUAAAUGAAACACACAAUAUUUUUGUGAUGCUACAGGGACAAGUUAACAGUUUAUCGCAGUCCAUGCUAUCCACACAGUUACGCAAAGCAAGUAAACAGUAUAGGGCUGUAUUGAAAGCUUGCAGCAUGGAACUCAUGAAUAUUUCAGAUUCUUGUGUAGAUGAGCAGCAAAAGCUCAAGUAUGAAGAGCAUAUCCAAGAAUUUGAAGUAGUUCAACUAAUUUGGAGUUUAUGUGAAAUUAUUUUUAUUGAUGUUGCUCCUGGUGGUCUCAUUUUGACCCCACUUCUAGACUGGUUACAGUGGCAUUUUCCUGAAGGGAAACAACUUGCUAUGGAGGUGACUCAGUCAGACAACCCAUCUGCCCAUCCACACUACUGGUCAGCAGUUUACAGCCUUUUGCUUCAAGGUAACACAGAAAAUGUGCGCAAGUUAUUGGCACUUCAUCUGUACAGUCAGUCUGAACCAUUUGUUGGUGUGGAUGAGCUUUUACGCAAAAUGCCACAUUGGACAUACCAACAUGCACAGUCUGCUGCAGAAUAUGAGAUGAAAUGGAGACACUGGAGGGAUGAAUGCAUUCGUAGAUAUCAGGCUGGACAGUUUGCUGCCUAUCCAGAGCUUGAAACUAUUGUUCAGGUGCUGUGUGGAGAUAAUAGAGUAUUCCAAGACUUAAAAGACGAAUGUAAAACAUGGUAUCAUUUGUUGGUCUCCAAGCUCCUCUACCAAAAUCCAACAGUCCGUCUACCAGACCUGAGCUUUCAUAUCAAGGCAUGUCAAGAUGUAUAUUAUAUAAAUGGUCAGCCUGGUCAGGAACUAGAUAACAUUCUUGAAGCAGCUAUGGAGUUUGAUAUACAUCAGGUCAUCAAAGACAGCUGCACAUUCUUGAGUCAUCGCAGCUGGUGGUUUGUUUCUCACUUGGCUGAUGUUUUACAUCAUUGUGGUCAUUUGGAUCCACAGAUAUUGCCGUUUGGUUCCAAUUUAAGAGAGUACCUGUUGUUGGAAUAUGCCACUGCUUUAAUGGCACACAAGAGUCUAUGGCAGGUUGGAGUUGAUUAUCUGGAUUUCUGCCCUACAUUUGGCAUGGCUUAUUUAGAGGCAUACGUUGAGCAUAUACCUCUAGAUUCAGAAAGUAAAGCUCAUAAAGUACUUCAUUUGUGUCAAGAAAGAAAACUUAUUGCACAAGGUCAGAGUAUCUGUAAGGUUAUGGGGAUGAAAUGUCUAAAGCAAGAGCGUCUUGGCUCUGCACUAUCCUGGUUUUUAAAAUCAAAGGAUGCUACUAUAAUCAAGCAAGUUACAGAUAGGUUUCUUACUGAAUAUUGUGAACAAGGCAAGUUUUCACAUCUGGAUUUAAUUGAUCACCUUGGUCCAUCAAUGCUCAUCAGCAACAGUUUAACCUUCUUAGGCAAAUAUAGAGAAUUUCACAGCUUGUAUGAUAAUGGAGAUAUAAAUGGUGCAACUUCAUUAUUAAUUUCACUUAUUUCAUCCAGACUUGCUCCUAAAAUAUUUUGGAUGACAAUGUUAAUGGAUGCAUUACCUCUACUUAAUUUACCACAGGUUGUCUUGAAUGUCAGCCAAACCUAUGAGAUGCUACACUGCCUUGAGGAGCUACAGAGAGAUGGCACUUCUAAUUAUAAGAACUUGACAGAUGCUGAGCUGGAUAAGUUAAAGCUUUUGAGAGUUGCAUUAACGAGGAACCUGUCUCGUGCAAUCAUUGAGGAGGGCUCACUAAGAAUUAAAGAGUAGUGUUCAGAAUAAACAUGUAUACCACUGCCA